AUGUCAGGGCCGCAACAACCUCACAUAUCGGAAGCCUUAAAGGCCGAAGAUGGGAUAGCGGGGGCGACCUCCCAGAAUGCGGCAUUGGAAGCGGCUAUCACUGCCGCGGAGCAUUACAUGAAAGCCUUACGCCUGGCCCCCGCCGACGAGAAAAAAAAGCUCGAUGCCAAAUGUAAAGAACUGAUCAUCCGGGCUGAAAAGAUCAAGCGCGCCACUGACUGGCAAGCUGUUGCGCCCCAAGCCUUUCCGAGUUUACGCCCGCCUACAUCCACGCGGAAGCUCACCACCCGGGAAGAGAUCAUUAUUCUCGAGGGCGCGAAACUAAAUGGCUACAUAUUUCCACCCUGGAGUCAAGCACCGAACGAAGAUGAAUUCAUCCUCAAAGAUCGACCUUUCACGGAUUCACCCGAUCUGCACCUCUCCGACGUCCAGAGAGAUAUUUUUGCAGGAUGGAAACGACCGCAUGAUCUACUGAAGAAUGCGGCUAAUCCAGGUGCAACUAGCCCAACUAUCUCAGCUUCCGGGCAAACCGAUCUUGUGCAAGAUGUCUUGACUGAUUGUUCAGUUGUGGCCAGCUUAUGUGCCACAACUUCUCGAUCAGAACGAAGACUGGGACAGAAUGCGACACCUACAAUGUAUCCGUGCAAUGAUGAAGGGAACCCAGUCUUAUCGCUGUCUGGGAAGUACAUAUUCCGCUUAUAUUUCAACGGAUCAUUCCGCAGGGUAGUUAUUGACGACCGACUGCCUUCAUCCAAGACCUCACGUUCACUACAUGUGAUCGAUCGGAAAAAUCCCAACUUUUUGUGGCCCGCUCUUGUUGAAAAAGCAUAUCUGAAAAUCCGAGGCGGCUAUGAUUUCCCCGGAAGCAACUCAGGUACUGAUCUAUGGGUGUUGACCGGAUGGAUUCCCGAACAAGUCUUUAUACACAACGACGAUUUUACCUCAGAUGAGAUCUGGGGCCGUCUAUACAAGGCCUUUUACCACGGAGAUGUGGUUCUCACUAUUGGAACCGGCAGUCUGACCGAAAGCGAGCAGCAAGGUAUGGGCUUAGUGGGCGAGCACGACUACGCCAUCCUUGAAUUGAAAGAAUCCCAGGGGCGUCGCCAGUUUCUCUUGAAAAACCCGUGGGCUGGGGCGGAUCCACAUACACCGAACAAUCUCGACCUUGAUCCUAGCAAAUCUCCUCUUGCUCCAGGGACCUUUUGGAUGGACUGUGAGCAGGUGUUCCAGAACUUCGAAAACCUCUACCUAAACUGGAAUCCUGGGUUGUUCAGAUACCGCGAGGACAUUCAUUUCACAUGGGACUUGUCUCAUGGACGUGUUAUUUCCGGCUGCUUCGUCAAGAAUCCACAGUUCUCCCUCUCCAGCGAGUCCGGAGGCACGGUUUGGCUACUACUUGGGCGGCAUUUCAAGACUGGUGAGAUUCAAAGCGCGAUAGGCUUCAUCAGCAUCUAUAUAUUCCAAGCAGAUGGCCGAAGAGUGUCCCUGAGUGAUGGAUACCUCCACCGUGGUCCAUAUGUUGACUCUCCAAACACUCUAAUGCGAUUGGAAAUGCCUCCCAAGUCAAGAUGGACCGUGGUGAUUUCAGAGCAGUCUCUCCCAUCAUCCAGCCAAAGCUUCACACUGUCGUCAUUCUCGACCUCCCCUGUAUCAGUGGCUCCGUCGCUAGAUAAGUAUUUAUGCGUGACAAAGGCAAGCAGUUCCUGGACUGCAAUGACAGCCGGCGGUAACGCCGAGUCACCUCGAUACCACUCGAAUCCACAGUUCAGCCUACAAAUUUCCGAGAGAACGGAUGUUUCCAUUUUGCUCGAGGUAGCAGAAGCCGAAUUAGCGACGCACGUGAAGCUUUUCUGGUCGAACGGUCAGCGCAUCUCACGAGUGCGAAGCCGAGAUAUCAUCGCAGAUAGUGGUGACUACCGCCGGGGAUGUGCGUUGGCCGAGACCAAAUCCCUAGACAGAGGCACUUACACCAUUGUAUGCUCUACCUUUGCGGCUGACCAGCUCGGUCGCUUCACGCUGUGGAUUUCCUCCACGAUCCCGUGUGUAGUGCAACCAUUGGCUUCCGAGUCCGCUGGACGGCGUGUCGUCUUAUCUGACGUCGGUGUUUUACCGCCGGGUAAAGAUCGCAUGUUGGCGUCGCUACGGGUGUCUCGCCUAACGCGAAUCCGUCUCAUUGCGAGGAAUAAACAGUCUACGAUCGGCUCUCGGGCUGUUGCUCCAUCGCCUGUACUGAUGACCGUGGAGCUGGGCCAGGGGCCAUACAAAGAGAUCCUAGCCACCUCGGAGGAUGGAGUUCACAGUGAUACAGUAUCAGGAGUCCGAGUGGAGGACUUCGAUCUGUAUCCCAACGCCGAGUCGCGCAGUGUCUGGGUUGUGAUUGAGCGUAUCGGUGGACCCGGAGGACAAGUGGAAGACCAUUUCGAAGUUGAGGCGCUGGCAGAAGAGAAGGUGGAGAUUGGAACGUGGGCGAUAGAAGAUGAAUGA